GCUGCGUGAUUGAGCCGCAAAAAAAAAAAAAAAAUGAAUGGAAGCUGCUGAAAAUGAUGAUGUACCGGGUUGUGGUCUCGUAUUUGAAGUAGUUUGAACGAUGGAGUGCGACAUUUUGGACUCGUUAGAGCAGCUCGGCUAUGCCGGCCCUCUGCUGGAGGAGAAAGCUCUGCUCACGGCUGCGGAGGGAGGUCUGUCCUCUGCUGAGUUUGUGGACCUGUGCAGGUGGCUGGCCUCCAAGUUAAAGCCUCUGUGUGGUCUGGAGGAGAGCAUUACUUCCGACCCAGACGACUUGGACAGCCUCCAGUUGGAGAUGAGUGGUUUGCUGAAGGAGCUACACUGUCCUCAUGAAGAUGUCGUCUCAGGGAUUCUCAAAGGCAGUGUGCCAGUUGCAAAAGAUCACCUCAAGUGUGUCUUGUUUCUGAGCUCUGAGCUCCAGGCGGCUCGGAUCGUGAGCGGCAGAGGAGUCUCUGAUAAACAUCGAGGAGAGAGUCCGGUGUGUCGGGAGCUCCGGUCGAUCUGUGAGAACCUGAACCUACCGGAGCCCGGAGGACAAGACGCGGCAGAAGUUUUAGCUCAAGUCCAGGAGAAGGUUGACAAACUAGUCAGAGAUCUUCCUGAUGGCACCGUUGGAAAUCCGGUACUGAGGAAAACUCUGUCCAGUGAACAUUGGGAGAAGUUGCAGAGUAUAAACUCUGUUCUGUGUUCAGAGUACGAGUGUCGGCGCAGGAUGUUGAUUAAACGUCUGGAUGUCACGGUUCAGUCUUUUGGGUGGUCAGACAGAGCGAAGGUAAAGGUGGACAGCAUGGCGAGGGCCUACCAGCCGAAGAGACACUCUCUGAGGCCGCAGCCCGGCGUGGACAUGGCCGAGCUGCUGGCUGCCAGAGAGGACAUCUGCAACGUGGUGAAGACCAGCAGCGGCUCCAGCAGGGAGAACACGACUUGUGCCGUCAACAAGAUCCUGAUGGGGAGAGUCCCGGACCGAGGAGGGCGCCCGUCAGAGAUCUCAGCCCCAGCUCCAGAGAUGCCUCCAUGGCAAAAAAGACAAGAGGGAGGAGGUGGCUGGGGAGGCCGAGGUGGUGGAAGAGGAAGAGGAGGAGGAGGUGGUUGGAGAGGAGGAGGAGGAGGAGGAGGAGGAGGUGGAUGGAACCAAGGAGGACACAGUGGACAAGGAAGCUAUGGAGGACAUGGUGGACAUGGAGGAAAGAGAGGACGGUACCAGUAUUAAUUUCUGUUGAUGUGCUUCGAUGUCUGGACAUUUUUUUUUAAAGUGAUCGCGAUCGCUUCACAUGAACUCGAUUCUGUUUGUGUGUUUCUCUAAGAAAGAAGAAAACACAGUUUGAUGUAAUGAUGGAGAACAAUCCUUCUCUUUGUGUUUCAACUUUUAGUAGUUUUUCAUUAUUAAUAUUCUCAUUAGUGAUUUAAAAAAAGUGAGUGCGUUUUUGUACUAAAUCAUUGAACAUGUGCACUGGGACAGCUCAGAAACUCAAAUCCAAACUAUACAAUGAGGAGUUAACACUAGAGUAGUCAUGAUAGCAGAAUUCUAAACUCUGAUAUACGAUACUAAUAAAAAUCAGACGCGAUUGAUAUCUGUUUUGAUACCGAUACUGACAGCAGUGACAUUAGAAGUCCUUGGCACCCAAUUUUGGGUCAUUUCUCGUUUUUAAUGAUCAAAUGUUACAGGGACACUCCUGCACAGAUACACACACAUCCUGGCAACCUUUCAGUACAAUGACGUUGCCAUUUCCUCUGCUCUCUUUCUGUUUGUCAGAAUCAUCAGUGUUAGUUUUGCAUCGUCGUGAGACGCCCAAACUAUUUGAGAAAUGUCACUUAC